UUCUCUCUCGCGCGAUCUGAACAUCGGUUGUCGUACAUCAGUGAACAAAUAAAAAAAAAGAAAAUGAAAAGAGCUAUAUGUGUUUUAAUAUUCAUUGCAAUAUUUCAUUUAUUAAAUGCUCAGGCUGACUUAUUGGAAAUAUUUCGAUUACAGAAAGAGCUUAAGAACUCAUAUAGUGAUCUUGAGAAGUUGCAAGCAAAGUAUAAAACUAAAUUAAGAGAAGCUAUUAUGAUGCAAAAUGAAAAUGUAAUACAAGAUAUCAAUAGCCAUGUUAAUGAUGAGCUUUUAAAGUGUCGAGAGCAAAACUUGGCCUUCGAAGGGCUAAACAAGAUUUAUGUAGAACAAAUCGCAGAUCUACAGAACAAAGUGAAUACAGGGAAUACCAGUUUGGAGGAAAAAGAUCGUCAAGUACGGGAAGGUCUUGAGACUAUAACUGUCUACACAACAAUUAUCAAUGACCAAGCUACACAAAUAGAACUUUUAAAGGAAGAUCUAAAAAUUAAAUCGCAAAUAAUCUUCCAUAUGGAAACCAGAGCAAAGGACAUUAACGACAGAUUUAAAAAUCUUGAAGACCUCACAUCAAGUACAUCAACCGAUAUUGAAGAAAACAGCUGCCUUCCAUUCGGAGAGUCUACUGAUGUGCAUUUAAUAAAGGUUGAUGAAGACGAGCCCUUCCCAGUACCCUGUGAGUCUCGAUUAUCUGGCCCCGGAUGGACUGUUGUCCAACGUAGGAUAGAUGGAAGCGUCCAAUUCAAUCGAAAUUGGCUGGAAUAUAAAGAGGGAUUUGGUAAUUUGAGUGGAGAGUUUUUCAUAGGCCUAGAGAAGUUACAUCGCAUGACGUCUGCAAGGUCACACGAGCUCUAUAUUUACAUGAUAGAUUUUAACAACGAGAGCAGCUAUGCACAUUAUGAUAACAUCAUUGUUGAUGGCGAGAGUGAGCAAUAUACUCUAAGAGAACUGGGCGAUUACACUGGCACCGCUGGUGAUUCAAUGCGUGAUAAUGAGCAUCAAAAGUUCAGCACCUUAGACAGGGACAAUGAUGUGAGCGAAUUAAACUGUGCACAGACCUGCUUGGGUGGUUGGUGGUACAACAACUGUGGUUUAAGUAAUCUAAACGGUCAAUACUCUAAGCAGGAUGAUUAUUAUGAUAGUUCUGAGUAUGGCAUAUAUUGGGAUGAAUGGCAUGGACCGGGUUAUACGCUGCAGUCGGUGCAAAUGCUGAUUAGACCAAAAAUAAAUACAGAAAAAUGAAAGCAAUAAACAUAAAUAUCAAAUAUAGAUACACAUCUUAAAUACUUAAAAAUGCUCAGAAAUAAACUACCAUCUUGGGUAAAAUAAAUGCAACAGCCAAUUAAAUUACUCUCAUAUUCAUAGACUUUAACGUCAUGGCUGACGAGAACAAAAUUUUCCCAGAAAAAUCAUCAACAAUAUAUUGCGUAUUAAAAUUUUGAAAAUGUUUCCCUUGUUUCUUAUUAUUUUUUAUGAAACAAAUUGAAAUGGCCUCAAGCAUUUUGUUGAAGUGCACUUGGAUGUUAUAUUAAAAUGUUUGGAUCUGUACUGAGA